AUGACCACUGUACUCGGUAGCUCAUCUGAUGUAGCUCAGGAGAAUCCAUCGGGUGCUUCUAUUGAUCAACCGGAGGCAGCUACAUCUUCAACAUCUGCAGCAUCAACGUCAAAUCGAUCCAAUUCAAAAAAGGCUGUAUCAAGCACCGCCGAAUUCGGAUCAAGAGUCCUGACUGAUGAGACUCGUAUGAUGGAUUUCAAUGCGUGGGAUCAAGUGGAAUGGACCGAGGAACAAGAAUCUCAUGCACUAGCUCAAAUCGAAAAACAAUCUAGCUAUUCAAUGCCUGUCGAGUUACAAGACAAGUAUGAGCAAGACGCUUCUACCUUUUGGGACCAGUUUUAUAAAAUGAAUCAAGACAAGUUCUUCAAGGAGAGAAACUGGUUACGUGUAGAGUUUCCAGAACUGUUUGAAACGAUGAGUGCCAACACAUCCAGUCGAUUCAACAUAUUUGAAAUUGGAUGUGGAACAGGCAGCACAGUCUUCCCACUCCUAUCAGAAACCAAAGACGCAAACGCGUUCAUAUACGCUGCUGAUUUCGCACCUACGGCUGUAAAUCUGGUAUUGGAGAAUCCGGAAUAUGAUGACAAGAGAUGUUGUGCUUUUGUUUAUGGUGGGCAAACAUUGGUGACCGGUUUCCGUGUUUUCUUUGUCGCUCUGGCUUCUCAUGCUUCUCGUAUCCUAGAUAUAACGUCAGACACCCUCCCACCUCAAAUCAAGGAAAACUCACUGGACGUUUGCUCAUGUAUCUUUGUGCUGUCUGCUAUACAUCCAGACAAGAUUGAUCGUGCUAUAAAUAAUCUGUAUCGGUUACUGAAACCUGGUGGUCUCUUACUGUUUCGCGAUUACGGUCGUUACGAUAUGACGCAGCUAAGAUUUAAACCUCAGAGACGGAUACAAGAUCAUUUUUAUGUUCGAGACGAGAUACGGAAUCUGUUUCGUGCCUUUGAUGUUGUGGAUGUAUCGGUGGACAGAAGGCUACUUAUCAAUCGGUCGAAACAGCUGAAAAUGUAUAGGAUAUGGCAUCAGUGCAAGUUCAUGAAAAAGAUGGAUUCUGCAUGA